AUGAUCCAGGGCAUACAAAGCAUGGCCCCGGCCCACGGUACCGAUCGCGGCGCAGCGGAGCGGAGCGUGCUCGCCGGCUUCGGGGAGGAAGACGUCCAGGUGACGCGAGUGGAAACCGAGGAGAGGGCAGGUAACGCGGAGGCCGGCAUGGAAGUCCGCCUCGGCCCAUCCACCUCCUUUCACGAGGCCGGGAAAGACUUGACAAGACGAUUGACGCUAAACAAGAAGCAGGCGAUUGCCUUCUCCAUAAUAUGCCGCCACCUGGACUCGAUGCGGCAAGGAGACGGAGGCGACGUCAGCCAGCUCUGUCAGUUCGUCGGCGGCGAGGGCGGCACCGGCAAGUCGCGCGUCAUCGAAGCACUCGUGGGCCUCUUCGCCGCGAAGGACCUCUCGCAUCGCCUGCUGAUCACGGCGACGUCGGGGACCGCCGCCGCGCGGUCAACGGCAUCACCAUCCACUCGGCCUGCGGCUUCACCAGGACCAAGGGCCGGGCGCGAACACGGCGAGGACUCUCGGAUGGACUGGCAGGAUAAGGACAUGCUCGUCAUCGACGAGUUCCGCCCGGUCCAGGAGAGGUCGAUCCUGCUGCCGAGCGCGGCCGUCUCGUGGGACGAGGACAACUCGUUCAGGGCCGAGCAGCGCCACCAGCACGACAAGGCGCACGCGCUGUGGAGGCGGUUCACGACGGCCGUCAUGCUGGACGAGCAGAUGCGCGCCGCCGGCGACCCGGAGCUGCAGCGGCUGCUGAAGCGGAUCCGCGGGGGCGUGCAGGACCACACGGACCUGGAUCUCCUCAACUCGAGGUGCCACCGGGAAGGCAGGCGGAUCCCGUGGGAGACGGGCAUCACCGUGGUGACGCCGCUCAACAGAAAUCGGUGGAACCUCAACAUGGAGGCGAGCCUGGCGUUCCAGAUCCAGCAGCGGUCGACGGUGCGCAUCUUCCUCUCCGAGCACAAGUGGAAGGACGGCCUGCCGACCGAGGAAGAGGCCAUCAUGAUGCUGAACCAGGGCGACGACAGCGCGAUCCCGGUGCCGGCCGUCUUCAUGUUCGUGCCGGGGAUGCCGGUCGUCGUGAACCACAACACCCACCAGGGGCUGAAGCUGGUGAACGGUGCUAGCUACACGGCGGUGGAGGUCAUCGUCGACAAGGCGCACCCGGGGCAUCGGAUCUCGGCCGACAUGACGAUCCACUUCGGGCCGCCGGCGGCGAUAAUACUGGGGUCGAAGACGACCAAGGACUUCCACUUCGUCGGGAUGCCGCCCGGCACGAUCCUGCUGACGCCCAUGAGCGUCAGGAUCCAGUGUCAACGGAAGCGACCGUGGCAGCAGAACGACGUCAGCCGAAAGGGCCUGCCGUGCGCCGCCGCUUUCGCGUGCACGGAUUACAAGGUGCAGGGGGGGACGCUGGAGCGCGUGGCGCUCGAGCUGCGGGGGACGAGGACGACAAACGUCGGCGGACGCGCCGUCCCGUCGCAGUGCGACCCGUACAGCCUAUACGUGCAGCUGUCACGGUGCCCGACGCUGGACGGCAUCAUGCUCGUGUCGAAAGUGCGAGAGAGACCUAGUGGGAAACCGGGUCCCCGGGUAGAUGACCGCCGCACAAGCGAGGCUGGAGGAACUGAGCGAUAG